UGUGGUGUCUCAGUGGACAUACACUCAUCACCUCUCUCUUUAUCAGUCAGUACCAGCUCCUCCUGGAGACCUCCUCCCAGAUUUUUACAGCUCCUGACAGAUCUCUUUUAAGGUUGAUAAUUUGCUGUAAUGUAUUUGGAAACUCCACCUGAACUCAGACUUUGAUGCUUUUGAAGGAAUCAUCACCAUGGUUUGGAGGAACUCGACUUUUCCCAAACUUUCUGGAGGACAUGCAACUAAAUGAAGUUUGGUAAGAAAGUCAUUUUAGGAGAAAUAGCUUUGUUAAUUGUUGGAGUUUAUUUAUACACAUUUAGUGGGUUUUCUAGUGAUUUUGCUUCAUCUCAGAUUACACGCCUUUAACUAGAAGUUUGGGUCAACAGUAUUUAAAGUCAGCGUAAUGACUUUGAUUCAUCAAGUAUCGCAUUUCCCUGUCUCUUUAAAUUUUGUCAUCUUUAGACAUAAAGUUAAAAUCAAGUGUUUGUCAUUGAGUUCAGGGCCUUGAGACGUUAGAAAAUACUCGACCAGUAGCGCUAGACACCAAGAACAGAUUAUAGCUGUUUUUGAUCAGAAGAAAAAGUCACAUUUGAAGUUCAAUGUGAAUUUUCAUGCCUCCUCUCGUCUCAUGCUCUAAUUGUAAUUGUCCAUUUUAUAGUGCUUUAUGUAAUUGUUUCUAAUAGUAUCCUGUAGUGCUGCUCUCUGGUUAUUUUCAGUGUCUCAGUGUUAUGUAACUGAAACGUCAUCUAUUCAGAUAAAUGUAGUUAUUUUGUCCUGAAAAUAGUCACUUUAAAAUGUUAAUUUGUCCUAGAUUUUGAAUCAUUGAUAUUACGUUUUAAUUUGAAUUAAAAUACAUGGCAAUUACAGAUUAUUUUGCAGAUUGCAUUUAAAUUGGGUAUUAACAUAAUUAAGAAUGGCAUCACAAUGGUGGGAUUAUGGGGUUUCCCUGUACCACAUAAAUACUUUUUACAGCAGCUUUCUGAGGGAUUAAAAAAGCUGUGUGAUUCUAUAAUCCUCAUUAUAAUACAGAAUUAUAACAUUUAAUGGUGAUUUCUCAUAUAAAAACUGGAAAAAAGAAGAAUUAGAGCAAAGAAACAUCUACUGUGUGAAGUCAAAGUCAAAAAAGGCUUUAAGAGGAGUAAAUAAACAGGAAAGUAUCUGAAAAGGAUCAUCUCCCUCAGAGGUAAAAACGUGGAUUUAGUAUAUGCUGAGCUGUAUCAGGACCAGGAUGAAAAUGAGGACACACUUAUAUAAUAUGCAUUAAAAAUGUACAUGUACUUCUAGUCCUUCCUGGAGAUAAAUCUCAGAACAAAUGUGGCAUGUCAAUAGCUCUCCACCAGAGAAGAUUAGAGCAGCGGGGAGCAUCAGCAGAGCGCACAUGUAUUUAGGACAUUGCCUCCUCUACAGUCAUAUAUUCCUGACAAUCUCUGGUUAUUUAUAUAAGAAGUUAUACACUGAUCUAUGGCCAUGGAAGGAAGUUACCUUUGAUGGUGUGUCAUGCGGGGUGACACUGAACCCAUAUUAAUCAAUGUAGCCAGUCCUCUGCAGCUGGGCCGCAACAAGCGCUCUCAUUAUCUUCUAUUUCAAAAGGAUGGGGAUGGAUGGAGGAAAGACAGGCUGUCCUCCAUGAAUUAUUCCUAUUGAUCAUGUCUCUCCUUCACUUACAUACAAAAAGUAACCCUUUCAACAUGAGCAAAUGUAGAUACAUUUCUAUUAUUUCUACUGUAUAUGUAUGGUAGGAUAUAUAUUGAGAAGCGACUGAAGAAUGUAUGUAUGUUGAUAUUGACAUGUACAUCAAAUUUGCAUGUAUAAAAUAGGGAUUUAUUAAUGUAUCUUCACAAUUACUCAUGUAUGCAGUGACAAAGUAUGAAUAUUAUUCAACCUCUCAGGGCUUUAAGAAGAUACCAACUAAUUAUAUGAUCAGGGAUGAAUUAUGCAAUCAUUCAAGUCCUACUUAACAACAAACAGAAGAUAGACAGUGUAAAGAUUCGAACACUGUUGGCCAAGCAGUUGGAGCACCAUGCCCUAUAAACAGCUGCCAUAGUCAUAAAGUGAACGGUUUGGACUCACUUUCAUCCUACAACCCCUACAGCCUCUCUCCCUUAUGUCACCUCUCACUCUCUCUCACAUUUCCUUCUUGGGCCAGCAGUCAAACUUGCAGGGUUUUAGGAUGAAUGAGAGUUUUCUCAUCCACUCUACUUGUGUUUUGUGGACUUGAUGCAACAAGUGAACUCAGCAAGGUUGUGUUAGUGUAGUGGUUUGCACUGCUGUCAGGGUUAAGAUCCAAACUAGAGCCUUCCUCUUUGGAGUAUAAGGGAUUUGACCUACCAUGUUAAAGGAUAGAUGGUUUGUCAAUGAGGUGGUUAGUUCUGCCACCUCUUUGCAGAAGGGUUGAGGGUUCAAAUUCAAGUCAGGACUUUCCUAAAUGAAGCUUCAGUAUUGUAGUUUGCUUGCAGUAGGGUGUUGACCAUGACUUGGCGUUGGUGUUAUGUUUUGUACUUCUGCCUCAUGGUAAGAGGUUGCAGGGUUCAAUUCCUUGAUUAGGCCUUUUGGUGUGGAGCUUAUGUGUUCCAUCUUUCUCCCACUUGAACUACAAGAUUGAUAUAGAGGGUAAAAUAUGUUAACUACUACGCAAUGUUCAGUGUCGCAAAGGUUUGAUUAGCACUGUUGCCUCACAGCAGGGUGGUUAUUGGUUUGAAUCCCAGCUGGGGCCUUCUUCCAUGGAGCUGGACUGGUCUAGUUUACUCCUGCUGGACAGUCAGUCAGAAUAAAGAUGAACUGGAGGGUGCAUACGUCCUUUCAGGGGGCACAUAAGUGUUGGUUAGCAUAGCAUCCCACAGAGAAAAGGUUUUAGGUUUGAAUCCAGGCCUGGGCCUUUUUUAUUGUGGAGCUGAGCCAAAUCUUUUGAACAACCAGGAUGAAAAAGAAGAAAUUAGAUAAACCUCAAACAAGUAAGACCUGUGAAAAAAGUGGUGUGGUGGUUAUGGCUGCUGUCUCAAAGUGUGAAGGUCAUGGGUUCAAAGCUUGUGCUGCUGCCUGUAUUAGUGAUGAAGGAAGAUCACAGGGAGAGUAAAGAUGAAAAGAAAAUGAGUUCAGGAAAAAAUGCUGAGAGCAUGGAAGAGAAGGUAAAUUUCUCUUAUGGAAUUUCAAUCUAUUUCAUAAUUUAUAGUAAUAAGUAUAGUAAUAAUAAGUUUGCAUUUCUUUAAAAAGUGUUUAGGUUGCAAGUAUUUAAUUUUUUUUUUUUUCAAUGUGCUUUGACAUCAGUUACACAUGUGCUAAUAAUACUCCCCACUGAACAAUAGACGGCUAUUAGACAUCUAGUUUUUUUGUUAGACCCGAUUUCAACCGUCUAGAUUCUGUAUAUUUUUAGACAAAAUUUAGACGUUGCACUUUAACCCAUUAUUAAAUAACUAUUUAUUUCAAAAAGACACUGUGAGUUGUAUAACUGAUCUCCUUAACCAAAAUAAUUAUGAUAGCUGUUGAGCAAUAUACAGUUAGACCUCUGUUAGUCUAAACUUGGUCUAAAUUUAGACGUCUAAAAAACCCUAAUUUUUAGACCUGUGGUAGCCUGAUUUUAGACCAGUCGUCUAGGCUACAUUUAGACGUCUAUUAGACCUCUUUUAGACAAAAAAAUGCUCAGUAGGAUUGAACUUUUUUAUCGUGAAUGUUGCACACACACUUUUAAUGGAUAUUAAUUUUCUUCAACACAGGCAUGAAGAGGAUUCCAACGGUGCCAAAAGGAUUCUGGUCCAGUUUCAGAACAGCAGGGGAGUAUGGACCACAGAUAUUAAUUUUGAAACCUGUACAAUGAAUCAUGGAGGAUAUCAGUUCACCUCCCACCCCUGAGCACAAUGACAGCAGAACUAUUUGGAUCCCGCUGCCGUCAGCUCCCAGCAGGCAGUUGGGCACCCUUCCCAGCCCACAGACCCACUUCAAGGACCUGACAGGGAUAUUUUUCAUGGUGACUCUGAACAUUCUGGCACUUCUAGCCAACACUGCCAUUCUGGUCGUUGUGAUCAAAGCUCCACACCUCAGGAAGUUUGCCUUUGUGUGCCACCUGUGUGCUGUGGACCUUCUGUGUGCCAUCCUGCUCAUGCCUCUCGGGAUCAUGUCCGGUUCUCCCUACUUUGCCGGUGUGAUGUUCACAGUCCUGGAAUGUCAGAUCUAUGUUUUUCUCAAUGUGAUUCUCAUCGCUGCCUCCAUUUUUACCAUCACAGCCAUCAGUGUGGAGCGGUACUACUACAUUGUUUACCCGAUGCGCUAUGAGGUCAAGAUGACGUUAAAGCUGACUGUGGCUGUGAUAGUGAUGGUGUGGGUGGCCUCUGCUGUACUAGGGUUGUCCACAGUGUUUGGUUGGCCUUCAUACAGGAGUCUGGGCUCCAUCAAUGCUGCACACUGCUCCUUGCAUUGGAGCCACAGCGGCCACAGACAAAUCUUUUCUGUGUUCUUCGGUGUCACCUGUUUCUGCUUGCCUGCUGUUGUUAUCCUCGUAGUUUACUGUAAUGUGUACAAGGUGGCUCGCGUAGCCGCCCGUCAGCACGGACCUCUUCCUUUAUGGACAAAUAAUCAACCAAAGCAUCGCUCUGACUCCAUAAACAGCCAGAUUACUAUCAUCACAACCCACAGUGCACCCCUCAGGACUACACGUGAGCGACAUUUUGGUGGGGGCAAAGCUGCUCUCACGCUGGUGGUCAUAGUCGGACAGUUUCUGAUCUGCUGGCUGCCUUACUUUGCCUUCCACCUUCACCUGACGUUAAAUGCAACCCUCAGGAUCCCUGUGGGUCUGGAGCAAGCGGUUACUUGGCUGGCGUAUUCCUCUUUUGCUAUAAACCCGUUUUUUUAUGGGCUUCUUAACAGACAGAUCAGAGAGGAGCUGUGUAAACUGAGGCGCUGUUACUCGGCCCGGCCUGUGGAGCUGCCGGUCUCAAGCCAUGACGGCUCAGGCCAUGAGAACUUCCUGCAGUUCCUCCACAGGACCAGCUGUACCAUGGAAACACGGGCGAGCUUUGCCACACCCAGUCCAAGAAGCACUCUGGAUCAAAGCGGACUCACUGGUUUCAGAAUACCAGGACAGAUCCCUGAGGAGUUCAACUAGUCAUACCUCACCGCUGUGCCACAACAUAAGCAGGACUGUAAAAGAUCUAAGUUACACCUGAUCCAAUGGAGUUAACCGUGGAUCUGUCUUCAAUAUGAAUUCCAAUUGAAUAACAGUGUCAUUUAUCGACCAGUUAAAUCUAGUCUUUGUAGCCCCUUUCAUAAAUGCACCACAGUCUUGAAAAUGCAAAUUGACAAAUCAGCAAGAAGACUCAUUACAGAAGACUUCUAUUCCCUCCUGCUCCUCAAGCAAAACUAACAAAGAUGAAGUUUAUUUCACAGCAAAGUUACUUUUUUUUUUUUUUUUGGCUAUCAAUGCUUUUCUAUAUAAACUUGAAAUACAAAUGAAUAAUUAUCUGUGACACUUAAAAACUGCCUCAGAGUAAUGAGAAUUUGAUAAAAUGGAAAGUGAUCAAGCAUUCCCUCAUCAAAGUUCAUAUUUCUGUGAACUAUUGAUUAUUUGUAUUUUGUCUUUGUUGUUGUUGUAUUUAUUUAUUUUUCAGCAUUUAUUUAUUCAUUGUUAUCAGAGACUUUUUGUUCAUAAAAUGAAUUGUUUUUUUAAUUGCAUUAAAGCUCGUGUGGGGAACUUUAUGGUCCCUGUUAAUCUUGGUGCCCCCCGUGGACAAAGCAGUCUUUGCUUAUCUUGUCCUCUAUUUUCUUUCAUUACUGCCUACUGACUUUUAACAGUCAGAUGUAUCAUUUGUGGUGAAUGUUAUAUGUGGAAACUGUAAAAAAGCAGCUCGACUGAUAUCUACCCUCUCACGCUGGUUUCAGGUAUUAAAAAUUGUGAUUAAAAAUAAUACAACUUUU